AUGUCUAGCGCCGAUGAGUACUUGGAGCAGCACAAUGUGCGUGAGUAUGUCAAAGACCUGCUUACAGCCCUGUCCAGUGAGACACCCGACGAUGCACUUGGCUUCAUUAAGGAAUAUGUGAAUAACACAUCUAGCCUUCCUGCUAAGGUGCCCACAAAAGACGUGCUGGCCCCAGAGUCUGUGUCUUCGCGUUCACGCCGUGGUGCCGUCAGUGCGUCCGUUAUGACUGAGGAAGACUCCGACAACUACAAACGAAGAGUCAUCCCCAAGGACUACAAAACAAUGGCAGCGCUGCAGAAGUCCAUGGGCAAGAACAUUCUGUUCAAGCAUCUGGAUGAUGAAGAACAGAGUGAGAUAUUCGAUGCCAUGGAGGCUGUGGAGGCUAAGGCCAAUGAAGAGAUCAUUGUGCAGGGAGACGAGGGAGACAACUUCUACGUAAUUGACAGCGGCACUGUAGAGGUAUGGAUCACGAAGGGAGCGAACGACCCCGUCAUGGUGGCUACCAUUGGGGAGGGUGGUUCAUUCGGAGAGUUGGCAUUGAUCUACGGAACACCCCGUGCGGCGACUAUCAAAGCACGCACCGACUGCAAACUAUGGGCGCUGGACCGCGAUUCUUACAGACAUAUUAUCAUGGGUAACACGAUCAGAAAACGUAAAAUGUACGAGAAUUUUCUGGAGAAGGUUCCCAUUUUAGAGCCUCUCGACCAUUGGGAACGGCUCACUGUUGCCGACGCUCUUGAGACGUGCAGUUUUAAGGCCGGAGAUAAAAUCGUGACACAGGGAGAAGAUGGUGAUACUUUCUUCAUCAUUGUUGAGGGCGAGGCUAUUGUUACACAAGAGAUGGAGGGCAAGGCUGUGGAGGUGGCACGUCUGCACUCGUCUGACUAUUUCGGAGAGAUCGCUCUUCUGACGAACAAGCCACGCGCUGCCACAGUAACCGCCAGCGGGGCUCUCAAAUGUGUCAAGCUGGAUAAGGAGCGUUUCGAGCGUGUGCUCGGUUCGUGCGAGGAUAUCCUAAAGCGUAACAUAGACAAGUACGAGAGCUACGUCACGUUGCAAUAG